GCACGAGCUCACAGGAAGUCAUCCCGGGACGGACAAAAAGGGACGAAAAACAUGAAGAAGCUUUGGAGCAAGAAAAAGGUGGCAAGAAUGAACAGCACCAAGCCUUUAAUGGAGAACAACGACUAUGACGGCCCUGUAUCUGCAACACGACAGCUCUCGCAGGAGCUUCGUCCAGUGUGUUCUGAUGACACUUUAGGCAGUGAGCAGCGAACUCAGAGUUCCAAGCAAGUGAGCUUCCCAGAACUUCCAUCAGACCUGGGAAAACAUCUGGAUCAGCAUCUGGAAGCAGUAGACGAAAUAAUCAAAAAUAAUCACGUCACAUCUGGAGAUGACUUCCUCUGCCAGAUUCUUACUCACAUUGAUGCUCUGCUCCAGAACAUCACCACCACCAAGAGCUGUGUAAUCCUGACCAACUGGAUCUCACAGAGGAAGGAUCAGCUUGAUCACUCCGAGCUUGGUCUACUGGAUGAACGGGAAUUAAAAACAGAGGACAAACUGCUGGAGAUAGUAAAGGUGGAAGUCAGAGAUUCCCUGAGAAAAAUCCUGGAUGCUGAUCGAACACAGAUGGAUUACAGUGAGAAGGCCUACACUCAGCUUUAUGUGGACGUUAUUCAGUGUACUAAUGCCAUGCCCAAAUUAGUACAGAAGAGAUUACUGAGAAAUAAGGUGAAAAAGGUUUGCUUUCAAGAGCUGCAGAGUUUUGUGGAAAGGUACAAAGCAGAGCAAGAGGAGAUACUCUGUAAAAAAGCUGAAGCAUGGAGGGGAAAGCCAGAAAGCAUACACUUCCUGAAGACUCUGAGAACAUGUAAAGAGCUACGGCAGCACAUCCAGGCUGAAGGAAGCGUUAAAGCAGGCUCUGUUGACAAAACAAAGAAAAUACUUCAAAAGUUGGAGGCUCGCACUCUGGAGCUUAUAAAGAAAAUUGCAACCGAACUUGCUGAGAGCUGUCUGAAGGAUUACUUCAGAUCUCCCAGCAAGCCAAGUGGGAGCUUUGUACUCCGCCAGCCUGGUGAAAGACACUGUGAGCUGUUUGACUCCUUGCGGGAUCAGUUUCCCAAGCUGCCUUAUGCUGUGGAUGAACAAAUGAUGGUGAUGAAUGAGGUUUAUAAGGUUGUUGCUGACUCUUACCUCAACCAUCUCCUCCUAAAAAGUCAGCUUGUACUGAAAAAGCAAUGGAGUUCUGAUGUUGGUAAAGCAGUCAAGGAGGAUGCCGAUGAGCUUCACGCCACCAUCUCAGAUCUGGUGAGUCCACCAUUUCAGGACGUCACUGCAGACAGCGAUGUCUCAGUCUGA